GCCAACCACAUCAUGGCGGCCUUGUAAUGCAAGCAGCCUAGCUUUCUACGGAAGUGGCACCGCUGUCACCAGAUUGUGAGGAUGGCGGCCGAUGGGGACUUUCUGCUGCGUUACAGAGCAGUGUCCAACAAGCUGAAGAAGUGAGAAGGGUCAUACUGAUAUAUGCACUGCUCAUUCCAUUUAUAUCUGUUAUUCUCAAUAUAACCUUCAUCAGCUGCCCUAUUUUAGCUUGACCAAUGCUUAUUAUUAUCUUGUCAUCAUUGCAACCUGACAUCCACUCAUUUCCUCCCCUGCAUCUCUUCAUUUCCAUUCUGCCUUUUACCCCUUUUGAUAUUAACCCCACACAGCUCAGUGUUUAUCAAAGCAAAGAAAUGCUAUUCUGCUCAGAAACAUAUCUUGGUUGCCAUGGAGAUUAUUCCUUACUAGCACAUUGCCCCAGAAUAUCACUCAUUUUUUUUUUGUACACUUCUCUUGCCCCAUUACUGUAAUUAUUGUAUAAUCAUUUUUCUGCCUUGAAUUCAUAGUAUGAUUUCAUACUGGUACUUGGAUCCAUUUAUAAUGUCUGACCCAGUUUUAAAAUAUGCAUUUUGAAUCAUUCUAUUAUUUAUGGAGAUCUCUGUACCAGUUCUUGCAGUCAGCGCCAGUGAGGUUCAGUUUGUGAACCCAGCCAAAACAUGUGCAAUACUUUGGAUGUAUGCAUUAUUGGCCUGGUUUUGAACCUAUGACCACAGGUAUCUCUUGCAGAAACAUUGCUUGUUUAGCUCUUGGAAAUAUUGAAGCAUGAAACUUAUACUAAUUUAGGUUAUAUCGCUACUUAAUUAUUUACUAUUCUGCUAUAGACGAGUUACUACACAUUCUUAUGAUCUGUGUCCUGAAACCCUUUUGUGCCCUGUUGGUGUGCAGCUUGUUACGAAUAGAGGAUGUUUACCCAUAUGUUUAACAGUUUAGAUACAUGUCCUAUAAAGUGUCUAAAAAGAAGCAUGCAGUAUAAUUUUAGCAACAUACCUAUUGUGCAGGUUGUGAUGGGAAAUGACUGAAAUUGUGUCUUAAUUUUUAUUUAUAUUUAUUAUGUAUUUUCAUCAGGCGAUUUUUAAGGAAGCCAAAUGUCGCUGAAGCCAGUGAGCAGUUUGGUAUGUAACCUUUAUAUUUUUACUUUGUGAUUUUAUUGUGACAUUUCUAAAACAUGUAUUUGCCCUCCAGCACAAAUUUUAUUGUUUAGUUUACACCUACUUACAAAUUUGCUGUGUUUCACAUGUGGUUGGUAUCCAAGACAUAAUCCAGUUCAGUUAAUUUAUUCAUUUACUAUUCCUCCCUUCAAUAUAAGUUCUGCAGCACGUGUAACUCACUUGAUAUCCUCCUUAAAUUUAGCACAUAUCAAUACCACAUGUUGCUACCUCAUUGCAGCACCCACUUCACACCCCAUGUGAUGCUCCUGUCACAUACUCCUUACUAUGUGCUGAACAUCUUUUUGACAUUUAGCCAAUGACCUGCACUCACAUUGUAAACAAUUCUUCUGAUCACCAUAUCCAUUUAACAAAAAUAUAUUUUUUUCUUUCUAAAUAAUGUAUCUACUCAAUGAAAGUUUAUGUGGAGUUUUGUAUGUAAAGCGUUGGAAAAGUUUUUCUAACCAAUUUGAAAAGCUUACCCAAACAUGUAAAAUCAAGGCCUGUGUGGGAGCUUUGGGGUUGGCAUUGGAUCUUAAUAAAUGUUUGUAACCUCUAGCUGUAAACCUUUUUGCGCAUGUGCGGCAAAAUGCUGUGCUGCGACAAUCAGCAUCUCCUUAUUGAAUCAAUGCAUCUAUGGGAAAUGUUCAGUGCCUCCAUGCUGGGCGUGGAGACGCUGAACAUAGGUUCUGCAAGUGUGCAGCACUAUACUAGGAUGCACCUCUAGUGGCCAUCUGAGUGACUGUAAAAAGGCAAUGUUUACAUUAAAAAGGCUGCAGGAACAGGCUAUAGAAAUUAGAACCACUUCAUAAUAAGAAUAAUUUUUUAUUAAAAGGGUUGCUAGGCUAACGUCGCAGUUUCUUCCUUCCUCCGCUAGUCCUGGUUCCAGAUGUAAAAAGUAGGAUCAGGGAGCAGCGCCUGUGAUGGAGUUCCUGCGCUCAGAGCGAUAUGGAGGAGGGAAGGAAAAAGGGAAAUGAAGGGAAAGGAAUUGCACUUACAAUUUUCUGGAGCCUAUACUCAGCUCCAGAUAUGUGCGCCUGGACGGUACAAUCCCCGCCUAUGGAUAUGUAGAUGGUCCUUGGAUGUCCUCAAAAGGGGGUCUCCAGUGGUAGUAAGGUAUAUCUCCUUUCCAAUGGCAGUAGGCCGGUAUUCAAAUAGUUGGUGAUAUAUAAAAGAAGAGGAUAGAAACACAAAAUAGUGCUCUCUGGAUAAUACAAAAUAAAAUGAUAAAAGAUGGAGGUAUACUCACAAGUGAAGAGCAAAUAGGAUAUUGCUCAAUAUAUGUAGGCAUAGGUGGUAUGAUCCCCACCAAGGAUAUCUCUUCUCGAAGUUCUCCAGUGGUGGUGUUGGAGAGAGUUGAAAGGAAUUAUAUUAUUUAAAAAAUAAAAUAAAAGGAUAGGCUUAGAGGCUCCAAUAGCAUAAAUGGGCUAUCUUUAUUGGAGACAAAAAAACACUAACACGUUUGUCCUGCAAAGAGGCUUUAUCAAAGUGUUACAGCAUCAGAGUCCUAUCCUGUUUAAAUAGCAGAUACAAUUGAUUACAUCAUUACAAUUAGUGACAUCAUCAAUCAUGUGAUACAGAAAACAUAUUAAAACUUAUUAAAACAAGCAAUUAUACAGUGCAGAUGGGAGGGGGACAUAAAAUGGGUAUAAACUAUCAAACCGAUAAACGUAAAUCUUAAAAUUUGGGAAGAUAAAAGAAGAGGAUGUGGUAGUUUUAAGAAGGGCACCAAGAUGGCUGCCAAAUUAUGUUAAUUGGGGACACCAACAUGGCUGCCGCUGGUUUAAUUAUACCUAUAUCAAAAGUGUGGAUGGAGUACCUAAAUCCCUAGUAUAGGGGAUGGUGAGAUGGAAGAGAUCUCUCCCUGAUGAAAACGAGCAUUUUAGGUGGAAAAAAAAAAGUAAAAGAAGAGGAAAUUUCCCCCCCCCCAUCUUUAUAAAAAAAUAGAAAAAAACAAACAAAAUGGUGGCCCCAAACCAAACCACAUGAUCAACUGGGGUCACGUCACCAUGGAGACCAUCCCUACACAGUCUUGUAGUGCAGGGGGUAAGGGAGGGCUGGCCUUAUGGUGGGGAUGACAGACAUGACCUAUGUCACAUGACUGGCCGGGUCACAUUGUCCUGGAGAUAGGAAAUACUUAGUACCUAAACUGAGAGGAAACAGUGGGAGGAGGCUGGCAAGAGGAAGGGACAACAGGAUCCUCCUUCUACCCCAUAGAAUCAUAGGGAAUGUAGUAAAAGGAAGAAAUACAUGCCUGAAAGAAACUAGAAGUGAGAGUAAAAAGGAUUAUAAAUAAAACAUAAAAUAACAGAUGCGGUUCCAGAUGUGCUUAGGAGUGAUAUAGCUCACCCACUCCGUAUCGAAAUUUCCCCAAUAUAUUGGACGCAACCAGUCGUAUUGGGUACAAGGACUGUUUUAUUAAGGCCAAGUUGCCUGCUUAUAUAUACAGACCCCAAGCAUGGGGUCUACAUACAAUACAAUAGUAACCCUCCCAGACAUCUCUGUGUCUGGGAGAUAAGUGCGGUCAACGUUCGGGAGUUCCUACUCGCUUGUAAUCGAAAGCUCCCCCUGGCUCCUAGGGAGCGAAUGGUCUCCCCGUUUGGGAGAGUCUUUUUACCGAACAACGCUCUCCUGGCUUGUCUGGGGACGGAGUAGGCAGUGGUGCGAUUUUUUUCCCAGGUUUUGCGAGGCAAAGUGUCCGAAGUAUAGUUCCACGCACUUGACGACCAAGUACCGCUGCCUGCGGUCGGGAGACAAGAUGGCUGCCAUUUACUGGAGCACGUGUUUCAGUAAUUCGAAUGGCGGCAACCCAAAGACUGCACCUGAGUUAAGUGUUUUCUGUGAAGUUAACUAGCCAAGGGGUGGUCUGUGUUCGGCAGUUUAACAGUACCGAACUCAGCGUUACAUAGUGGCCCGAUGUGACAAGUCAUGACUUCCGUGACAAUCAUGUUAAAAUGCAUUGCAGUUAUAUCUUAUGUACUGGUGUAUUUAUUCCAAAUUGUGCUGUAAAUAUCUAAUAUCUAUUGUGUAUUUUUUGUUUGUCUUUAGGUCAGCUGGCGAAAGAACUUAAGCAGCAGGACUGCCUUCAGUAUGCUGGCUUCUGCAACUUGGCCAUGGCUCGGUGAGUUGUUGCUAUUAUGCUAUAAAGUUGUUCCAUGCACUUUGGUGUAUAUUGAACAUUAUUGCGCCAGGUAAGGUCUCAUAUUGUUACAGUGUCUUAUUUGCUGUAAAGUUUGAAUUAACAGUUCAUUUGAUAGUAAGUAUUGAAAAGAUCACGGACCAUGUCUGUGAAACCUUUGAAGAGUAACAUUAAUUCUCAAGUUGUAUUCUCUUAACAGGUGUGAACAGACACUGUUUAAUGCUCCUGGAGAGGCCAUGGCAUUGACUGAGGCUGCACGUCUUUUCCUGCAAGAGGAAAAAGAAACUCAGCAUUUGGGGUGCCCUGGCUUUGAGGAACAUCUGCAGGCUGCCAUCAACUGCUACAGCUUUGCAAUAAAGGUUAGUGGGUGACUUUGAAAGUAUUACCUAUGAAGCACAUCUAUCACUGUUGACUGAACUGUUGUUUUCCCAUUGACUUAAACAGGGACAAGGGGAGGGGGAAUGACUUCCUGUUUGUAUUGCAUCAUAUAGAGAAUGCCUUAAUCGUUCAUAUGGAAACAAAAAAUAGUUUUGUUUUUUUUGUAAACAAUUUGUACCUUUUAUUCUUUAUAAACAUUUUCUGGGCAUAACAACUUUGGCCUAUAUGAAGUAGAUGUAAAUUUUAUCUAUACAUUCCUAGCAAAAAAAAAAGAUAUAAACAUCCCUUCUAUCUGCCAAUCCUUCUUCAGCAUAGACAUCUGUGUGUCCCUGUUAAAUCGCCUUUUUCUCCCACUCUGCACUGGUGUUGCUGUAGCUGUCCCAGCCUGGCUCUGCCUCCGUGGCUGAGAUCAUUAAUUUAGAAAAUGUCGCCAUUCAAAUGCUUUCCCAUAGGAAAGCAUUGGCAGGCUAUUGCGCAUGUGCGGCAAAAGGCUGUGCUGCUACAAUCAGCAUCUCCUUAUUGAAUCAAUGCAUCUAUGGGACAUGUUCAGUGCCUCCAUGCUGGGCGUGGAGACACUGAAAAUAGGUGCCGCAAGUGUGCAGCAUAUACUAGGAAUCACCUAUAGUGGCCAUCUGAGUGACUGCCACUAGAAGGGUGUUAGUAGGCAGCAAUGUAAACACAGCCUUUUCUGGCUGUGAACAGGCUAUAAUAUUAAAACCACAUCGUUAAGUUAUAGUGUUUUUGGUGACUAUAGUGUCCCUUUAAAUCUUGCACAAGCUGGGAGAGUGAACAGUUAUACAUUAGAUGGAUGAUGGCUGAUAUGCUGGUAUAUGGUAGCUUGUACCUAUCUUUAAGAAGCAUUAUUAUGUGGCAGUCCAGUAGCCAGUGGUUGGGAGUUAGAAGGGAAGAUGGAGCUACCCAUGAAGACAACAUGUUGGUUAAAGCAGGACUUAAGUACGUUAAGAAAACACAAAACUGGCAAAAAAAGCAAGCUGAUAACUUAGAAUACAGAGAAAGCAAUACUGAGCAGUUGAUUCUUGCAUGACAGAUACUCUGUAAAUUCCAAAAAACAAACUUUUGUCCCUUUCAAUAUGAAAUGAAGAAAUAGAAUUAUGGACCAGUGCAUUAAAUUUUCCUAUUGAUUUACUGUCUUUAACUCUUGCUGUAAUAGUAGACAGAGGAGGGGGUGCUUUUUUUUUUUGUUUUUUAAAGUGACACUAUAGUUACCAGAGCCACUACAGCUUAAUGUAGUGGUUCUUGUCUCUAUAGCCCAGUGAUGGCGAACCUAUGGCACGCUGGGCCCUUUCUGUGGGCACUCGACCAUAGGUCGCCAGGAGGGGGGAGACAGCUGGCGCGGGUCGGCAUCAAUGCAGAGUAGGCACCUGCCUGCUCAAAACGGCAGGCCCCUACUCUGUUUCAGUGAUGGAGGACAUGGAGGGAUCAGACAAGCAGAUUGAUACUCCCGCGAGCAGGCUGUGGGGAGCGUUGCUGCAUGUUCCCAUGGCAAAGCUCCACACAGCAACAGGAGAGUGGAGACAUACAGCCUGAGUUUAUCAAGAUUUAUGUCAGCCAUGGCGAGGCUGGCGUGUCGUGGGAGACAAGAUGAGUAAAAUUACCUCUUACUGAGAUCGAGGGGGUCAGUCACCUAAACAGCCACUUCAGGACUUUAGUGUCAGGAAUACAUGUUUGUAUUUCUGACACUAUAUAGUUUUCCUUUAAGCCAAACAGUUGCUAAUUCCCUAAAUAUAGCGUAUGUAAUUCUGUUUAACAAUUUUUGCUGUGGGGUGGCGAACCCUUCCUUAGAGCAAAAGAGCAGAAAGGUGUUUUUUUUUUUUUUCUCUUUUGUUUUUUGUUUUUUAAUUUUACAAAAUGUGCAGAUUUAUUUUUCAUUUUCUUUAUUUGGGUAGUGGAGUUAAGACAAAGUUUAUACUUCUUUAUCUCCUAUAGAAUCCGAGUUUUGGAGAGAUGUAACAAUUUCCCAUUAGUCAUCAGUUGCACCGGCUUAUAGGAACUUCUUGUGCGAUGCUGUAUAGAUGUGAUUUUAGGUAAAGUGUUUGUACUUAUUGUUUUGUAGGUUUACAUUGAGCUAAACCAGCCAGUGAUGGCAGCCAGUCUUUGUCUGGAACUUGGAAAUGCAUUAAAGGUAUUUAAUUAAUAUGUUUAGAUAUUUUGUGUCCGUUUUGCAUCAGUUAAAACCCUUAAACUUGGAUCCAUCAGGGUUAUUCUGGCACAGUGUACUUUAACGUUCCAUGUACCCGGCAUGAAAAAAAGAUCAGAUUUUUGCAAAAGCCAGAAACCACACUGGAUUGAAUGCUCUUUGUAUCAGUAAUGCUAAUCAUAAUGUUCAAUGCUUUGUUGGAUGUAUACUUUGCUGUUCUUUCUGUUAUUUUUGAUACACCCUCUGAUGCAUAUGUGGGCAAAUAUGAGCAUUUUCAGUGCUAGCCUGUGCUAAUCCCAUUGCUUUGAGACUCCAUGUUUGUGAGCGGUAUAAUAAAGGUAGUAUCAAAGUAUAUAACCAGGAAAGUGUUUUUCAUGUAUGUUCUGGGAUCUAGAUGUGACUACCCAACUUAAUGAUAAUCAUUUUAUUGACCUCAAAGCUAAGAAACUCUGAAUGACUCCUACCAGAUAUCAAACCUGCAACGCUUGAGACACAUUAACCUGGAAUAUCUCUCUGGCUAUCUCCCUUUAUUUUAGGACAUGAGCAAACUGGGAGAAGCUAUGGUGUAUUUUCAGCGUGCUGCAGAGCUACAAAUGCAGGUUCCCAUUGAGUGUCUUCUUUCUUUGGGAUACGUGGCAUCUUGUAAGAUCAUGACGCGUAAGUAGCUGCCAUGUAUUCUAAUUUGGGUCAACACAGAAUGAGGAGCACAAUCUGUACAAACACAUCAAUUUAUUGUAUAAAUCAAAUGUACAUGGUACCAAAGAAUAACUUCAAAGAAAAGUACUAAUUAACUGUACAAUCACAAAAAUAACAUGUAAAUGAAUAUAUAUAUAUAUAUAUAUAUAUAUAUAUAUAUAUAUAUAUAUAUAUAUAUACAUACACCAAAGAUGUAAAUCACACAAUAAGACAUUUAGAGAAAAGUGAUAAAGUAGAUGUUCUUGUGCCAGAUAAAUAAUGCAUCCAUGUCUGAUGCUCUGUAUGCAUAGUGCUCCAGUGAGCACACUAUCAAAUCCCUAAAAAAAGGGGAAACAUUUAAGCUUGUGCGGUUCAUGCAUUUGGUGCGUAGAGGGGUUUGUGAAUACUGUAGAUCAAGGAUUCCCAAUUAAUUUUUCCAGUGGAACCCUUUGACAUAGUGUAUCAACACCGGGGAACCCCACCUCCUCCCAAGAAACACAAAAAAAAAGGCGCAUUUUUUUUUUUUUUAUGUGCCGGUGUGUGUGUGUGUGUGUGUGUGUGUGUAUGUAUGUAUUUGACACGAAGAUACAGAUACACACACCUUGACACACAAUGUGUAUAUGUGUGUGUGUGUCAAGGUGUGUAUAUCUGUGUUUGUAAAUGCCAGUGUGUGUAUAUGUAUCUGACACACACACACACACACACACAUGCUGACACACACACACUUUUUGACUCACAAAUACACACACACUCAGAUACACACACAGUGACAUAUACACACACUUGCACCCACAGAUAUACACACUCAGAUACACACAUUGACACAUACACACAGUGUGAUAAACACACACUGAUAUACAUUGGUACACACACAGAUAAACAGUGACACAUACACAAACCUUGACACACACACACACACACAUACACUGACAAACACACAUACACUGACAAACACACAUACACUCUCACUGACACAAACAUACUCUUACAGACACACAUAUACACUCUCAAUGAAAAGCACUUAUACAUUCUCACUGACAAACACAUACACACUCACUGACAAACACACAUAUACUCUUUUAAAUGUUACUCUACCCAGUGCUGGCAUGGAGUCCAUGUCCCUGUGGUCCAGUGAGGCUACUGGGCUGAGCGUGCGGUUCCUGGGGUCCAGUUGGGCUUCUGGGCGGCUGGUGUGCGGUCCCUGGGUUCCAGUGGGGCUGCUGAGCGGCUGGCGUGCAGCCCCUGGGGGCCAGUGGGGAGGCUGGUGUGCGGGCGGCGAUGGAGCAGUGAUGUCCCUGCUCAGCUCCCUCGCGUGCCUCUUGGUGAUGCUGGAGCGAUGUCAUAUUCCGGCUCCGGUAUCACUGCUGUGCGCGCGAGGGAGCUAAGCAGGGAGAUCACUGCUCCCUAGCUGCCCGCAGCCAUUUUGUUUUUAUAAAUUUUUACAGAACCCCAAUUGUGUUCUUGCGGAACCCCAAUUGGGAAAUGCUGCUGUAGAUUAAUCAUUAAAGAGUUACUCCAAGCAUCAUGACUACAUUAUGCUGUAGUUGUCGUGAUGCCAGAAGUACUCUUGUGCUGUCCCUUUUCCAAUAGUUUGCUUUUUACCUGGGUAUGAAGGUACCAUAACCUAUUCAAAACCCUAACGUUGUCAUGGAGCUUGGAAUAACCCUUUAAAUCAGAAGGAUUAAAACUAUUUGAAACUGUGAUGUGACUUUAUGCACCAUCUAGUGUUGGAAAACAGUAACAGCUCUUUUUGUAUUUUUUUGCAUGACAGUGCUUGACAAAUCCAACAAGGGGCAUCCAACCUUGGGGUCCAGUACCCACCAUAGUGAUCCUUCUUUAUUUUUUUUAACUAUCUGUGGAAGCCAAGUAGAGGGGUGCCAGAAAGCUUCUGAAAGAGGCUCAAGGCCACUGUUUCCGGCCUUGACUAUAUCCACAGGCCAUUUGAGUUGAGGAGUACAUACAUUUGACUGAUUCUCUUUCGUGUUUCACUUAUUACUUUUUAUUACAUAUUUUGAUCCUUCUAGUUAAACUACUCAUUUUUAAUCCUCCUAGAUUUUCUUCAAGGUUCACACAUAUAGAAACUAGCUGUUGUAUAUUUGGCGUUCAAACGGCUUUUAUUUUUGUCAUCGAAAAUGUACAACAGUGCAAUGGGAUAGCAAAAUAGGAGACACGCAGGUCUCGCAAAAUCGGCAACAGCAAUAUGAUUAUAAAUGAAUGUAAACCUAAACAAUAUUAACAGUUAGAAGGUAUUACAGUAUCAGUAUCGGUAAACACAUAAUGUAACAUGCAUUCAGUAUGCAGACGUCUGCAUCUUAUGGUCGUACAUUAAGGGGUGAGUGUGUCACCUCUGGGUGAGCCAGGUAUUGACUGUGUAGUACGUGGCCAAGAUUCGUCUGUUAUCAUAAUGAUUGCAUAUAGCCUAGGAGUAUCUUCUAGACGGGUAGGGGCCACCAUAGCGUCUGUGGUAUAGCUAACCUGAAAGUUUAAUCUGUAGGGGGACUUGUCGUCCCAUAUAAUAUUGAUAGAUAGUGGGUUUCCAUUUGGUAUUAUUUCCUUUGACCGUGUACACCUCGCGCAGGUCCUGUUUUGUCGUACGGGUGGUAUGAUCAGUUGGGUCAGUCUAGAGUAGUGGGCGGUAGCGAGUUAGCGGAGCAUCUGUAUAACACCUGAGGCCCAAGCCUGCCAUACCCUCCUGUUUGGCUGCGGUUGAGACUAGUGCGCACGGUCAGUGAGGUCAGACUCUUGCGUGAGGGCAGGGAAAGAGAGCAAGAGGUGUAGAAAGGAGAACACGAAGACAUAAGAGGAUGGGGAAGAGAGAGAAAAGAUUUUAAAAAAAGAAAGGAGGGGUGGAAGGGGGGAAUCCCGAGGAGUGCCAGCAUUGUGCCCGUGGUAUUCUUGGAUCCGUGGUGUUCCAUGCAGUUCGGCAUCACCAGCUCUGGGGCGCUGUUGAAGGGGAGGGGGGGAGAGGGGUAUCCCUCACGGGCCCCGUCCUGCCACGUAGGCCAGCCACGGCCCCCACCUCUCAAAAUGCUUCUCCUCCAUACCUAUCAACGUGGUGUGUAUCGAUUCCGCCCUGUUUGUCUCCUCCACCCGUUCCAUCCAUAGUCCAAUCGUCGGGAUUACAUCUUGCUUCCAGUGCAGCGGAAUCAAAGCCUUGGCGGCGUUCAGCAGGUGUCGGAGUAUAGAUUUUCUAUAUACCCUGAUGGUGUCUGUUGUAGAGUGUAGGAGAGCUGCCUCUCUGUCGAAUCUGCCGUCCGUCCCCAGUAUUUCCUCCGUUCGUCGUUUGACCUCGUAGCUGUUGUAUAUUUGUACCACAUUAUUUUAUAAUUCUAUUUAUUCUUAUCUUUUUUUUCUGUGUAUUUUGUCAAAUAUUUAAUCAAGUUUAUUGACACAUAAGUCAAAAACUAGGAACCAGACACAAAGGGAAGAGUAGAGCUGUUGGUUUGUAUAGCAAGGAGUCUAUGGAUUGUCUGGCAAUAUAUGUCCUGUAGUCACUAUCUCACACCAUUCUUACUUGGAGUAUGUGGAGAAUGUGAUGUCAUAUUACUUCCUCCUGGCAUUGAGUAAGGAUGCUGUGUGGGAGAGCAUACAAAACCCUGAAGCUGUCUAUACAGCUGGCGCCAUUUGAACUCUCAGGAGUCUGGCCAAAGGAGAUAUUUUGAUUUUAGCUUACUAGCAGGAAGACAAAAUUCUCUACAACGCAUCCCCUGUUUGCGUUACAAUGGCAAUCUACUCUGUUGAUUUGCUAAUUCCUGGUAUAACUUUAUCAAUAAAAAACUUGUCAUGCCAAAAACUGUCCAUUUUCUAUAUUGGUGAGGGAUAAUUAUUUUUGAGUAUUUUCCGUUAGCCACUUGUUCGUAUAUUUGUACAUGUAAUGGAUUGAAGUGGUGAAGAUAAAUGGUUUAUUGAGGUUCAUUCAGUAUUCUUUUUAUGGCACAUUCUAGUUUGCGCACCAGUACAAAUAUCAAAUAUACACAGACAAACACUCAAUGCAGAAGAACAAGUGCACACUGAAAUGUUAAUUCACUGUUCUCAAAACUACAAUGAAUACAUGUUGUAUGGUCAAACACAUUUAUACACAUUCCUACAUUUUAAUUUUGUAGCAAAGGAUGUAUAUAACAUUACAGUGUUUAUACCCAUUGACAGGUGAUUAUGAUGGUGCCCUUGCAGUGUUUACAGAGAUGCAGCUUCUUGCCCAAGAGAAGGGUCUUCACACCCCAGGAAACAGUCUUCCAGUCGGUAAGUAAGUCGAAGUGAAUGAAAUCAUGGCUAUUUUACUAAUAAUUGCUGUCAGACAGCAUAGAUUGUGCAGACUUUUAAAGAAACAUGAAGGCACCAUAACCAAUACAGUGUGCGGUAGUGAUUGUGAGGUGCCAAGGCACUCAUAGUGUUGCAAGGAGUGCCCUGGCACCUCUUCCCCCCAACAUAAGUUGCCAAACGUCUUGUGGACCACCGGGUACGCCGGGUGCCAGUUACUGCCUCUUUGCAGCCAAAAGUAAGAAUUGGAAGCUCCUUAGCUCCUGCAUCACUGGGCUUAGCUCCAUGAUGAGUUUUUGGCUGCAGUGCCCAGUGGAACACAGGUAAUAAUUCAUAUCGUUGGCAAAUGGUGGACUCCAGGUAAUAAUUCAUAUCAUUGGCAAAUGGCAUGCCUACUUACAUGAGGAAUGAAUAAUGGCACUCAUGGCACCAUAACCACUACAACACUUUCAUGUUGUUGGACAUGAUUUAUCAUUUUCUUUAUAAUUAAUCCAUUUUAGUGGGUGCCUUGAUUGUGUUUACUUCUUCAUAAAUGCAAAGUUUUGUUUACAUCCUACUAAUGGUGAUUUCUCCCCCACCCCCCAAAAAAAAAAUAUUGUUAUCCUAAUGAAUAUCCAAAACCCAUUUCAGGUUAUAUUUCAUCCCACUCCCCUCUUCCUAAAUCAUUUAUUACUAAAAUCUUUAUUAUUACAGGGGCUUUUGUAGAUGUCAUCGUAAAAUGUGAAGUCUCUCGUGUCCUCCUCCUUAUGCUGCUACAGGUAUAAAUUGAUCAUUGAAAUCUAUAGAUGGUCUGUUUUUUGUGUGUGUUUUUUUUCACUAGUGCCUUUUCCUUGAGAGAUUGUACAUAUAUAUGGCAAAAAUGUAAUGCCAGUAUGUUGGUGUGCAUUCUUGUCCCAACUUGGAAAACUACCACUUAAAUUUUGUUUUUAAUUCUAACUGAAAUUCUAUAACAACUUUUAACUUUGGACUGGGUGCAUCCAUUCACAUUGGCUACUUCUUGUGUUUCCAAAAGAACAUUAAACAAGAUGUUCAGCGUAGUUCAGUCGAAAUUCUUCUUAUAAGCGCAUUUAAAGGAACAAUCAACACCUCUAAAACUCUUUAGCCCUGUCCUGAAGAUUUCAAUAGAAAUUGGCAUUUUUAUUAUUAACCUUGUUGCUUUGUUUCUUGUGUCACUUAUAAUGUCAGUGUGCUCUUGCUUGAGGACCUUUACUUGGGGGUAACUUGUUACUCUUGAGUUUCCUCUCUCCCAAGCUGAGCUGCCCAUAGAGAAAGAAGUAUAUCCACUAGGCAGUGACAAGACAAAUGAAAAUACAAAGUGUCCACCGCAGCGCCAACAAUACAUUUGAAUAAUAAUAUAAAUGUAUAAAUAGAUCUAUUAAAUACUUACUGUCCCAAAUAAUUCUUCUCACUGUGCAUCAUUCAGGAAAACGCCUUCCAAAAUAGUUUUUUUUUUUUUUUUAAAUUCACAUUCACGGUGUCCUUGCACUCAAGGAGAAGAUGAUACUUUUUUUUUUUUUAACAAACGUAAUGCUGUUUCCAUCUUGAGAGCACAGUAUGUGCAUUUUCAGCCAAUGCAAGAUGGCAAUUGAGUUUAGAUACAGAUUUUCAGAGUCCUUAAAUGUAAGUUUAGCCUCCAGUUACUUACUUAGUUCCUAUUUGCACAUUGUGGAGUUCACUGAUCCGCAUUUGAAAGAUAUGGGAGUUCUGCUACUCUCUUUAUGUAGAUUCAUUAACCAUGGGGUUAUGCUAGAGGAGGCUUCCCCAAACUCCGACCCUCCAGAUGUUGCUGAACUACUACUCCCAUGAUCAUGGGAGUUGUAGUUUAGCAACAUCUGGAGGGCCGGAGUUUGGGGAAGCCUGUGCUAGUGUUUGGACCUGAGCAAAUACGUUUUGUUGAGCACUGCAUACAGGAUGUUAAUCUCACAGCUGGUUUUGGAAGAAAUGUAAUACAGGAUGGGAUUUAAUAUAAUUGUUGAUAGUAUCUGAUUUGUUUCCUCCCUUGUUAGUCCUUGGGUAUUUUCCAAACAUAUUUGCUGCCUAAGAAUAACUAGAAAAAAAACCACGUAUUUCCCUUGGUUUUUAUUUUCCUGGAUAUUAACCAUAGCAGGAAACCCCAAGUCUUACACCCAAAGGGGUGUGUGACUUGAAGAGGGUUAGAAAAUCGGAUGGAAUGGAAUUCUUUGGUUUGUCAAUGGUGCUGAGAAUAUAUAAUAUGGAAAGGGUCUGUUUAAAUGACUGUACUACAAGAUGGUGGUUUGGGACAUGGAGAGAGGAUUAUAUUCUAGAUCCACUACUGUCAUUUCUUCACAUUGUUGUGAUCUAGCAUUAAUAUAUAAAACCAAAAGAAAGCAGUCUACUAGGCUAUUAAUGGGAAGAUGAAGUAUGUGUUCAUAAUGUUGUAUUACUCAUCCGUCCCACUUAAAUAUUGAUUUUAAAGGCCAAGCAGAGCUGAAAAGUUGAUAUGUUAAAAAAAUUGUAUCUCAUUCUUAAAACUCAGAUUUUCAGCUUGAGAUAUAGAGCAAUAUCUAGAUGUAGAAAACAAACGUCUUGUAGAUGUUACUUGUGUAUGUUGCCUAUUCAGUAUAUUUAAAUACAUACAAAUUAAAAAAUAAAUCAAUGAAUCUCAAUGAGGAAAUGCUGAUUGGUCAGGGCUGUGUCUGGCUUGUGCUGGCUCUGCCCCUGGUCUGCCUCCUUGACAGUCUCAGCCAAUCCUGAGGGAAAGCAUUGUGAUUGGCUCAGAGAAUCACCUCUGAUUAUAGGAGUGAGAAAGGCAGAUCAGGGGCAGAGACUGCAGCUGCAGACUUGAAUACAAGUAAAAUUUUACUAUAUUUAGCCAGUAGAGACUAGAUGGUGGUUUAACGCUUUAAGGUCAGAAAUACAUGUUUGUGUUCCUAACCCUAUAGUGUUCCUUUAAGUAUAUUAAUGAAGAAAUUAAAAUUAGAAAAUUGUUAUUGUUUUAUUAAGAUGACAUACAAAAAUGCACAAUUGCAGUCGUUAAGAUUUAAUGGAAUAUCAAAAUUCUUUUUUUGAUCCUCAAAUAUAUCUUUGUUCUAAAAGUUUGAUGAUGGGGGAAGCUUGGAGGCCAGUGCAGCUUCAAUUUUUUUUUCUAUCUAUAUCAUUGAACAUGGACUUUAACUUACCAUUGUAUGUGUUAUAUUACCUAAUUUGUGUUUUAUUAUGAAAAUGUAUCACAUUUCAGCCUCCUCCUCAAAAAUUAUUGCCUGAACAUGCACAAACCUUGGAGAAGUAUGACUGGGAGGCAUUUGACAGCCACAGCCAUGGUAGGUCCAUUUACCAUUACUCGUUACAGAGUUUGGACUUCGUAUUCUAUGUCAGGAGUCUUCUUAGAAGGAGGAUGCAUCAUGCCAAACCUGAAAUUGAACCACCAUUAGUUAUAUGAUUAGGUUAGAUUUAAUGCGCCUAUAAUUAACUCCUUUAUGCUAUCAUCUUUGGUUUCACAUUAACAAUCAGGAAUAGGUGAAGAUAAUUACUUUUUUUUUUUUUUUCUCAAUAUAAAAUUCUUAUUAAAUCCAGAUAGUUAGACAAACUUUCACAUACACAGACCACUCUAAAUCUUAACUGAAAAAAUAGAGAAUAUUUCAUUGAUACUGAUCAGGUUUUUUCUUUUUCCCUUCCUUUUUCUUAUCUCUCCUUUCCUCCCUCUGGGUCUCAUAACUCUCUUAUUUGUAUAUUAAGGACUAUUAUAUAAAUGUCCCAUAUAUAUUUCUUAUAGUUAGUACAACAAAUAUAAACAAUUACAUGUUCCUUUCUAGAUUGAACUAACACUUGCUAAUUUGUAGCAUACAAUAUAAAAUGUAUUUUUGAUUAAAUCCAAAUAAUUACACAAACUUUCACCUAUAAAGACAAAUCUACAUCCUGGUUAAAACAACAACGGUAAAUGAAGGAUAUUUAAUUGGUACUAUUAUGUUGUCAUUGUCCCCCCCCUCCCAUUUUUAAGGUUUCAUAAGUCCCUUAUUUGAUUAUUAAGGACUGCUAUCCAAUUAUCCCAAAUAUUAUAUUUCUUCUAGUUAAUGCAAAAAUUUGAAGCUAUUGCACGUUCAAUUCUACAUUGAAAUAACACUCUUUCUCUAAUUUGUGGCCACAUGUCUACUUUGUCAGUUUUCCAAUUUUUUGCAAUGGAGCCUUUAAAGGCCAUCAGAAUGUGAUUUAAGAGCCAUUUUUUAGUUUUAGGAAGCAUUGGCAGCAUUUAGAUGAAGAAGGGCCAUAUCUGCUCUCCAUAUCUGUUUCAAAUUAAAGGGACACUAUAGUAACCAGAACAACUACAGCUUAAAAAAUAUAUAUUCUAUAUUUUAUAUCUUAUACAGUAAUUCCACUUUAUUCUAUUACAAAAGAGAACAAAAACCAAAUAAGUAAACAAACCCUAUAGUGUAUUUUAUACCCUUCCAGUGUUAUAGCCUACUGUGUACUUUUACCACUCUCUUAAUAUUAAAAAAAAUAAAAAAAUAUUAGACCCUUGACUGUCUCCUUUAUAUGUCCUGUUAUGUACUGUUGAACUUAUUUUACAACCUUAUUUAUAUUUUUAAUUUCUCUUAUUCCUUUUUCUUUUAUCUUUCCCCUAUGCACUUAAACCUAAUUUUGUGUUUAUUAAUAUUUUAUCUUGUAAUUUUUAGUGUUUUCCCCAUGUGAUCCUUUUCUAUCUAAGGGAUCAUAACUAAUCUUAUAUAAUCAGAUAAUCUACCACAUUAAUCCUUGUAAAUAACUUAUCUCCUUAUUGUGAAACUAUUUAACCUUAUUUAAAAUAUAUUUGUUCUACUUCUUUAUAGUGAAUACUUGUAAUUGAAAAUUCCUUAUUUGGAAACUGUUAAUGAGUUCUAGCAAAUUUUAAGAGCCUGAAUUCUUUAGCUUAUGUUACCUAUUAGGGGAGCUUCAGUACAUUUCCCUCUCAUUCUAUUGACGCUCUCUGUAUUUACACCCCCCAAAAAAAAUACAUUCAGGAACUUUGCCACUUAUCAAAGUGAAAACAUUUACAUAUGUACUCUGUAACCUUUCGAUACAGAUAAUGGAGAGGGGAAAAAAAGCAAAAAACAGUAUAGUUAUAGUUUUAAGUCCUUCCGCUAUUCUUUUUUUUUUUUUUCGUCUUUUGAUUGUAGAUAUUUCCAUCUCUGCUUUUUCUUAUUUAUUUUUUUUCCUCCAUCUUUUUCUUUAAAGAUCUGUCAAAAGAUUAUCCUGUAUCCAUUUACGCAAUGCGUCUGGAUCCUGAAAAUCUAGUACUUUUGAUAGUAUACUGAAAUUUUUAAAGGAAAGCCCACUUGUAACGUAUGUUCUUAUCUCUUAAGUGGCUUGUUGAUGGUGCAAACGUUUUUUCUUCUGUAUCUUGUAGAAUGUGAUCUGAAAAGAUUUUGAUUUUAUCAUAUGGAUCUUGCAAUAUAUUAUUUCUGUAUAACUUUAUUAUUUGGUCUUUAACUUUGGAAGAGAAGAAGCAGGCUUUUAUAUCUCUGGGCACUGAUGUUGGUAUAUUCGGUGGUCUUUCGGUUCUGUGGCAUCUUUCCAUCGGUAACACUUGAAUGCCCAGUUUUUGAAUGAAGUCCGUUAGAUAUUCUUCCAACUUGUCACUGGAUAUUUGCUCUGAUAUAUCCCUGAAUCUCAAGUUGUUCCAUUUAGAUCUAUCUUUUGCGUCUGCUACUCUUAGUUCUAUUUCACUAAUUUUAUUUUUUAAUUAUUUUUGGUUUUCUUGUUGUUGAGCCAAUUGGAACUCUUAUGAUAAAAUUUUUUCUUCAUUUUCUUUCAGUCUAUUUCCCAGAGCUUGCAGAUCUUUCUUUAUUUCCAUUCUGUUGACUUGUAUCUCUGAUUUAAUUUGUCCCAGUUGUUUUUCAAAACAGACUUUAAGAUAUUCAUGUAGAACAGUUUGGAUUUCUUCCUGAUGUGUAAUUUUAAUGGGAUCUUCAGUCAUCUCUUUUUCUUCUCUGUUUUGAGUUGUCAUAGCUUUAUUUUCUGCAUUGUUUUCCUAGAUUUAUUUUCUAGAUUUAAAAAAAAUAUUUGAUCUAGAAUUGUGUGGGGGUGUAAAAAAGGAUAAAUGCUUUUCUAUUUUAUUUACACCUUUUCUUUUUUUUUUUUUUUUUUUUUGGCGACCGGUUUGCUUUUUUUUUUUUUUUUAAGCCACCUGAGGGAAUUUAGAUUAGACCGAGAGAGAGGGAGAGGGGAAAAAAAAAAAUCAAACUAAAAAAACCCCCAAAACAAACACUUUUCUGGCACUUUGAGGUAGAGACUUAAAAUUAGACAGUGUAGCAGCUGGUAGUGUCUAUCUUUUAAUAAGGAGUGAACGUUAUGUCCCUUUUUAAUUUUUAAGGAAGAAAAAAAACACAUCACAGAAAAAAGUCUGAUAUCUGUAGCUUGACAGGUGCUUAACAGGAACUUUAUAUUUCUCUUUUCUUCCCUCGUCUUUGUCACAUAUCCUGUUUAAAUGCAAACCUCCUCAUUUUUUGUAUAUAAGUCAAUGAGGAAUGUAUGUAGCAAGUACCUUCAUUAGUUGAUCACUCUAACAGUGCAAUUCCUAUUACUAUGAGGCAGCAUUUUCUUGUUUUUUUUUUUUAUAUCAGCUUUUACUCUCGUUUUAUUUUCUUUCUUUAUAGUGUCUUAAUACCUGUUAAUAUCUUUUCUUAUUGGGGGGGGGGAGGGCAUUGCCAUUAGCCCUAAUAAAAAUAGUUAAAUCCUAAUAAACAUGUGAAAAAAAUAAAGUGCUAAAAAAAAAAAAAAAAAAGAGAGAAAAAAAAGCUGGAUGCGUGUUUCGGCAUUUAAACAUGCUGUUGUCAGGGGCGAAGGGGACAAGUGGAACUCUGUUCAUAUUUCCCACCAAGUUGAUCAGAGUUCUUGUUUAUUUUAUUUUAAGAACUUUUUUUUUUAAAUGAUGUAUACAUUAGGUUACUAGUGGUGUCAGUAUGGUAUAAAGGGUAGAAUAAAUAUUCCCAGAUUAUACUGAUAUAAAUUCCAUCUUUUACCAGGUAGCAUGCACAAUUAAUUGCAAUAUAAAUAAUUUAAAGAAAUCCUAUAACUAGGGGGGAGUCCUAGCUCCCAACGCACAUGCCCUGUUAAUCAUCGUAGGCUCUACACAUCCUUACAGAUGUUGGAAAGGGGUUCUCAACCUUUUUUGCAAUAACGGUGUCGACACUGCCUCAAAUACAAUCCCAUGUAUGUGUCCGUCUUCAAAUAUAUGCAGGAAAGUAGUGGGUGUCUGCUCUAGCCUUAUAUUAAGAAGGAAAAAAAAAAACACCAUCAAUUAUACCUUCAUCCAUAUUAUCUUCGUCAUUUGACUGUUGAGAUAAAAAAAAACAACAAAAAAAACUUGAAUACACUGAAAAUGUUAAAAUGACAAAUUCCCACUGUUUAAAGGCUUUAUGAAAAUUCCAAAACACAGCGGUAGUGCAUGGUAUUAUAUAAGUCUGCAACAUAAGGAAAGCAGUGUGAUUGACUGGGACAUUGUUCUAUUCAAAAGGAAAAUAAAGGCAAGCAGAUAUGCAUCUGUAUAUCUCAUCUAUCCUAAUGUGACUUGUUUCUUCUAUUGCUGCAGUGAAUUAUUUGACAGAAGAGGUAUUUUUACUGCUGCAGUCAGUUGUGGUAAGUGACAGCUUUAAUAAAAGUUUUAAUUCUUCUACUUUUUUGGCUGGUUACAAUAAUGAAUGUUAAUUCUACUACAUUACUGUGAAUGAAUACAGAACGAUAUAGCUAUACCCUGAUCUCGCCAAGUCUUCAUUUAUUUAUCUAGUUAGCUGAGUUCCAAAAUGAUUUGAGAAGCUGUUCUAGCUUCAAGGGAAGGCUGUGAGCUCGUCAAUCUUCAUUUUUCAUAGUUGUGUAGUAAUGUAGGCUAAAAAGAUUCAAGUGAUUUAAAUUCAGCCAUUCACACACAUUAAUGCUGUUGAUCCAAAAGAGCAUGAAAAGUCAAAAUGACUGCAAGGUGUACCACAAAAAGAGGCACAAAUCCUUCUCUUUGACAAUGACAACCAGGUUCCUCCCAUGCCCAACAAACUGGUCCCAUAUUUAUGACUUAUACCCUAAAACAUACAUCCAAAAAGAAAUUGCCAAAGAAUCUGUUAAAACAACAUCUUUGGGUACAGAAAUCCACAUCUUUUAUUAUUCUAACUGUACUAUCCUCUACUAUGGGAAAAAAAUCAUGUUUUGAAAUCUGAGUAGAUGACCUCAUCUGUUGUAUGUUCCUGUUAAUGUACAGGCCACAGAUGUUCAUACUUACUCUGGAUAUAUUUGCGUUGUGCUAUUACAGUCCCUGUUAGACCACCUUUUCUAAACAAAAUAACUGCAGUUUUUUUAGCCUUUUUACAUGUUGCGUGUGGUUAGAUAAAGAACAGUUGACAUAUAUAAUUAGAAGGUGCUAAGGGCACUGCUUUUCAUGAGUGUAUGACCUACAGGGAUUAGAAGAGUGUAUUUGAAUGUGUGUUUAUAUGCAGCAUGUGUAGGAUGAGUACAACUGAACCCUGUUAAAUUGUUCAUCAGGAUGAGAGUUCUGUGAAGAGUUUAUUUCCUGGGAGUGUUUCAUAGUUUAAAGACUAUGGGGAUUUCAGGAUAAUUUGUUACAAGGAUUUUAAAAGACAGGAUGCAGCAAGAAAGUGUUGAAGGCCCAAAUUACAGGCAGUGAAGAGACACAUUUAUUUAUGGGUGUGUGAGGACAUUUUUGGAGAGAAAAGCUGAAUAAACUUGGACACAGUAAUGUGUAGCUACCAAGUGUUUUGUUAUUUUUUUCUUUUUUUGUUGGGUGAUGCACUAAAUCAUGCUAAAGUCUUCAUUUUUUUACUGUUAUUUACAGAUGGCAUGUCAGGAAAAUGAUGUGGAGUCUCUUAAAGUUCUACAAGUUGAACUCUGGUGAGUUCCGAGAUUUGAGUGGGGCUCUGUGUUUUAGGGGUUCCGUUUACAGAUUAUGCUCUUAGUAACCAUAGUAGCCAAGCUGUAACGCAGGACAUGUCCACAAAGAAAAAUACCCUGCCAACCACUUAUUUAUUUCAAAUAUUUUAUUAUUAAUAUUGUUAUUGUUACUAUUUUUAUAGCACUUUACAAUUCUAGUAGGGGUAUGUAGAAGUAAAUAACCACCAAACAAAAUCAUGUUUUACAAAUACAAGAGGUGAAGAGAGCCCUGCUCAAAUGAGUUUAAAAUCUAAGAAUAAAAUGUUUGAGCUGUUUGGAGGCACUGAAUUAGUCUAGAACCAACAGAAUUCUGCCCCUUUCCCCAUCUGGUUACUCCUCUUUUCCAGGAACUUGUAACUCCGUGAAUGUAUUAAAUGAUGUCAUAGCAAUAAAUCUCAUAGUAGUGUGUUAAAAGAGCUCAAGAGUUUAUGAUAAUAUAAAAUGUGUUUAUAGUGUAUUUGUUCUUGCUAAAUCUUCCAUAGCUAUGGGCUAUAAAGCAGCAAAUUUGUUCAACACAUACAACAAUAGCAAAAGCAAUAAAAACACUGCAUCACUCUUUUAGUAUAAUCACUAAUAUAUACGCUACAGAUAACUGUAUUACUGCAUUGUAAUCUCUCUAAAGAAACACUGUAGUGUUGGGAAUAUAACACUGCAUUCCUAACACUAUAGUGUCUCUCUGCCCCCCCACUCCCACGGCAAACAAAGGGUUAAUAACUCUGUUAUUUCCACUUGUGUCAUGGCGAUACGGGAACAUAAUGCACCUGCCGUGGGAGUGGGGGCAGAGAGACACUAUAGUGUUAGGAGUGCAGUAUCAAUGCUUUCCUAUGAGGUUUUUCAAGACGCUGGACAUCCCCCUGCAAGGAUAAACCACUACUAGAGGAGGAAUUGGCAUUAGCCCUCUGGAACUUUAAUGCUGUUGAGUUACACCUCCAACAGCAGAAGAACUAAACUCUGUAUGUGCAGCAUUUCGAAUCAAAAUGCUCUACAUACAGACUUCAGGCACUGUGUCUAUUUUAAAUCAAUGAAAGCAUUGUACUUUGACGUCUAUAACUAUCUUUUACCAUUACCAUCAAUGCCGUACUGGUUCCAUACUGGAAUUCUGUGUUUAUGUACCCCCAUACAGUUUACAUUUGCCAGGAAGACUAAACUGACCACAGUAAUUCCUAAGCAAGUGUUACAAUGCCAACAAGUACUACUGUCAUGUUUGCCAUCUCACUUAAUAUUUUGGGGUUCUUGUCAUUUCUAUGUUGCAGGCCACUGUUGACUGCAGAACAGAAUCACUUGCUACAUCUUGUACUUCAGGAAAUGAUUAGUCCUUCAGGACAAGGCAUCUGAUCCUUCAGACCAUAACGUUGUUUUCUUCAGUGGCAUGCCAUGUUGAUGUACAUAUUUCCGAGAUUGUUGAGACUGUGACGAACACGAUGUCUAUUGUUUAAAGUUGACUCCUUUUAUUGAAACUGAAAUUGGCUUCUUCUGUUUUACUUAUGUGUUAAUUGCACUUGGGAAUUGUUUUGUGGCAGGUUCUGCAACAUAGUGUAAGGUGUGUUAUGAGCACCCUUGGUAUAAAAACUAUUUAAACGCUCAAUAAUGAUUUCAGAUUUUUUUUUUUGAUCCAUUUAAAUACUCCUUUAUAAAAUAAUAGGUGGUUGUCUCAGUUACGCUAUAUUAUUACAGUGUUAACAUUGGUAAAACAACUGUAUGUAGCUUUGUGGAUGUGAUAACUCUGUUGGGAAAGCACAGAGAAGAGUACUCUCCAACACAAUGUUUCCCAAACCAGUCCUCAAGUCCCACCAUCAGUCAAGGCUUUGUCAGUAUUUUCAUUUGAAUAAAACAGAAAAAUACAUACAUCCUGUAUUGUUUAUGGGACAUGAGGACUUGUUUGGGAGCUGCUGCCCUAACACAUAGGGUAACAGUCCAUAACACAUUAUAGAUUUAUCAGAAAAUUGGGAAUUUGCAGGAUGUGCUUAGAAUGACACAUCAUCAGAGUACAUUCAGGUUUGUCGUUUUGAUAACUGCAUAAAUUUCAGCAGAAACAGAUAAAGGAAAGGUAGCGCCACUAAAAUAUAAAGGUAGUAUACUACAAUCACAUAUGACAAGCUAGAGUUGCAGAACAUAUAUACACAAUAACUAAAAGGUCCAGAGUAAAAACGUCUGAGGUGGAUGAAUCCAAAAAUGAAAACCUAUCUGUGGAAGAUGGUACAAUCUUGAUAGUAGGUGUAUUCCUCAAUGUGAUAUAAAUACAUCCUUGAAGUUCAUAUGAAAUAGAUAAAAAUGACAACUAAUGGUGCAGUAUGUCCCAAAAAGGGUAUAGAUACAGUAUAGAAAAUCUAUAUGGUCCUACUUACGUUUGAUAGAGAUAUCAACUUAGCUCUAGUGUUGAUAGCGUACAGUGGUACAAUCCCCACUUAUAGGAUACGUGAAGUCUAUGUAGUCUUGCUUGAUUUAGGAGCAAUAAAAAAAAUAAAAUAAAAAAACAGCAAUAGUGCUUAGAGUAUAAAAACCAGAGGUGAGAUUAUAAAAUAACAAGUGGUUACUCUCAUUUGAUUAAGCAGGCUAACUGCUCAAUGAAUACAGCUUGAGUGGUGUAAUCCCCACCUAGGAUUCUUUGGAGUAAUAUCCUCACUGGAAAGUUAGAAACUUCUGGUACCAGGUAAAAAGGAUGGUGAUAAUAAGGUGAUAGCAAUAAAAGAAGUAUAUAAAAAUUAUAUUAAAAAAGUAAAAUGGCUAACUCGCAAACAGAAAGUGGCCAAAAUACCUUUUAUUAAAAGAAAACGGUUAUAUCAGUAAUAAACUUGUAGAAUUUAUUAAAACAAGCAUAAAAGUCUUACAUGAAGGUAAGUAUCUUAAAACAUAUAAUCCCACAAAUGUUCAUGCUCAACUCGUUUCAAAGUUUUCGGCAUACUUGGGUGCAUACAGUAUUAGGGGACAUUCUCCAUAUAAAUAGCCAAUCUUGGCACUUCACAUACAGAACUUUUCUUCUGGCUCCAUACUGGUGUCCCAGCACUUCACCGGUUUCUUUUAAUAAUAGUAUUAUAUAUAUAUAUAUAUACUAUAUUAUUAUAUAAUUUACUAUAGCAUCCUUAGGGCCCCCCCAACCCUCAGUGUCAUCUCCUCCUCCCCCUGGUGUUGAAGGGGUUAAAACCCCCUUCAGCUACUUACCUUAAUUCGGUGCUGGUGAUCUCUCCUCCCCCGCCGACGUCAGCUCCCGAGUGGAGCGGAAUGCGCAUGUGGGGCAAGAGCAGCGCGCGCAUGCAGAGAGUCCAUAGGAAAUCAUUUCUCAAUACUUUCCCAUGGACGUUUUGCACGGGGAAGCGCCUCUAGCGGCUGUCAGGAAGACAGCCACUAGAGGUUGGAUUAACCCUGCAAUGUAAACAUAGCAGUUUCUCUGAAAUUGCUAUGUUUACAUCUGAAGGGAUAAAACCUGGAGGCCCUGGCACCCAGACUACUUCAUUGUGUUCGUUAUAUUACCUUUUGCAACUUAUAAUGUUAGACAAAAUAAUUAAGAAAUGCCACAGAAGCUUGGGCAAGUUUCCUAUACUAAAUGAUUAUUUUGCAGCCAUGAUAAGAACACUUGAUUGCCUUAUUUGCCUAAUAAAUUUUGUGUUUAUGGUAUUGCAUACACGUGCAAACAAUUUAUCUGACUUUGAAUGGAAGAGGUCUAGUUAAUAGUCAACACAACCUCCCUCCAAUCUUCCUUGAACACAAAAUACUUGAGAUUCAGAUACUGGUAAUAUCUUACUCAGCCUGCCCUGAAACCAAUUAUAUAUCUUCAUGCUACUUCUGCAACUGAACCUUUGAUCUACAAUGAGGUAGAAAUCAUCUAUCACAUACUUUCCAUAGAAUCGCUACGUUUCUGUGAAAAAGGAAGGAUCUUUGUAGCAUUCUAUUUGUCUACCAAUUACAUUGAUACAGCAUACAAGUGUAUCCUGUAUUACACUCCUGGUGCCAAAAUAGAAACUAAAAAUUCUCUCUAUUUUUGAUUAAAGGUUGUAACUAAAUGUCAUUGUGUAUCGCCCUCCAAUAACUUUUCCAGCUUGCCAGUCUAUCCUAUAUAUUAAUGUUACUAGAGGCUUCGCCUUUCAUGUUGACCUAUCACUAAUUGAUAGUGGUGAACUAAACAUAAAGGAACAUGGACUAUCUGCUCUGUUUAGGCCCAUCUAUCAUUCUUUCCAUAUGAGUCUUUCAGCUGUAGGUUAUGACCUCCUUUUCUUCCUUGGAUAAAAAUAAUCCACUCCUGGAAAGUAAAAGAAUGACAGCACAGAGGACCUUCACUUUCACACAAGGGCAUAAUUUUAUUGAUUUGGUCAAAUAAAUUAUUUGAUUAAUUAUCGGCCUUUCUGUUACAACCCAAAGUACAUUAAUGCAUGAGUGAAGAUGCUGCAUUAAAGGGACACUCAAUAAUAUGUGCUGGGUGCAAGGGCACCCUUUAAGCCUGCUAUGAAAACAUUUUUUUUUUUUUUUUUUUUAAAUGCAUUGUUGCAGGGUUAAAUCCACCUCUACUGGCUGUCUUCCUGACGGUCAUUAGAGGCACUUCACAGCGCUAUAUUUUCCUGAGUGAAGAAUGGGAUUUGCAAAAGGUGCUCACUUCACAUAAGGUCUCCACUACCAGUAUGAGGAGCAUUGGAUUGGACUAUACCGGAGGAGGUCUCAUCAAAGACGUUGUGAGAGGCAGAGAGGUGAGCAGGUUGGGGGCCACGAUUGGUUGUGUGUUGCCAGCAUGCUGUGUGUACUGAUGACCGAUGUCCAACAUGCACAGUACUGACAGUAGCCAGGCUGGAGAUGGUUAAAGACACUGUAAUGAUACUGCAGGAGAUGGAGUUACACCUCCAGCAGCACAGAGGUUAAACUCUGUAUGCACAGAGUUUUAUAACUCUGCACAUACAGUCUCCAGCCACCAUGACCACAUCACUGAACUGGUGAGGAUGCUUGGAGUAACCCUAUAACUAGUUUUAAAUUACAAAUAUUGCAGACGAGGUUAAUAUUUUAUGACCCUCAUCUGUACAUUCAUUAUUUCAGUUUCAAAGAGGUAUUUAUUCUUUUUUGUCGCACUUUAAAUCAAAAUUUUUGUUUUGUCUGUGAUGUGGAUUAUGUAACCUAUUUAUUUUCCCUCCAGCAAAUAUAACUUCAUUGGUUAAAACCUUUGAGGAUGCAUGUAUUUUGGUCUGCAUAACAAAAUAAUAUGAUUUUUUUUUCUCUCUUUUAAACCUGUAGACAAGGAAAAGUUCCUGUUUUCCCCAGUAAAGAU